UGAGAAAAGCUUGUUUACUUCGUUGAUGUGGCGGCAAAACCAAAACAUGGAGGCGAGUGAGGACCGCGGACUAGAUGUGGAAUGUGUUGUUAAUCGGUGGAUGGUGGAUUAUUAUGUAUCUGUGGCGUUUGAGGCUUUCAAGAAUGAACAGGACACUGAUUUCUGUGAGAUCAGAGACAUCCUUCAAUGUCAUCUGGUUCGGCCGUUGGAAGCCAACGACGCCACACCCAAGAAGAUUCGAGCAAUACAGUUCCUCGCCAGGAUAAAUGACGGUGACAAACUCGACUUCUCGUUUGACUCUCAGGAGGACCUCACGCCGCUGGAAUCUGCUCUGAGCGUAUUGGACAGCAUCCGCGAGGAGUCGCCGGUUCCCCAGAAAGACGUGGACAGAGUACAGAAGUCUAUCAGAGAGAUGGUGAGAUCUGUCCACACGGUGUAUCAUCACUGA